AUGAUUAUGCCAAGAUUAUCAAAAUUAAAUAGUGUGUUUAAUUUAUUAUUUUAUUAUCGUUGUGUGUCAUCGGAAAUAGAAAUUGAUUCAAAAUUUUUUUAUAACGUGAUAGGUGGAGGAACACAUGCUUCUCGUGAUGCAAUUCGUAAUGCAUUCGCAUUAUUAAUAAAUCCAGAUCAAUCAAUAUUGGAUAUGAUAUUCAAGCAUUGCAAUAUUGAUUGUCGAUAUUUAGUUAAUCAUUUGAUAAAUAAAAUAAUAAUUAUAAAAUCAAUUGCAUGUGCUCAAACUAAAGAAGAACUUGAAUUGAUGCGUAGUGAUUAUUCGUUGGAACCUCGUAGUAAUGAUGAUCCAGAUGAAGACGAAGAUGACAAUGAUGAUGAUGAAGAUGAACUUGAACAUGAACAUAUUGAUGGUUAA